AUGAGUCUGAUUCAAGUCACCGAGUUUUACAACUCUGAGCCCAAUGCAUGCCUUGGAAUUUGCCCAAUCAGGAGGGAUGAAAAGCCGCUGGAGAUCUCAGGUUCGUAUGCUUCAAGUUGGCCGAUGGACCACCUACCCUCCAUUCUGUCGUCCAUGCGGGCUUCGCCACAAGUACCGUAUUUGGAUUACCAACCUAGAUACGACGGCAGUGGGUUUGACGCCUUUCCCUCGCGAUGCGGCAUCGACACGGACAAGUUACAACGAGGCGACCUCGGAGCGCACACAGUCGACAGCAUCAUGCCGUUUUUGCAGGAGUGGCUCUUCUUCGGCCUACUGCAAGAAGUCUUCGAGGUCGCCCACGUUUCAUUUCGGCGGGAAGAUUCCGUGGCCAAGGCCACCGCCAUACCGGGCCAACAACGGAUAUCUACAGCAAACUUACCAAAGUACCUCUGGUCGUGGACUGCUAAUACUGUUUGGGCGCGGGACACUUUUGGCGAAUUCGAUCACCAGAAGAGGAGAGUCGCAGAGGUCCUGAAGCUGAGCAACUUGUGCCUCAACGCCGUCAUUCGUCUUCAGGCCGCGCAUAGAGGGACCGAGCCUGCAACCGGCCCUGUGUUGCUCUCGAUUGCAAUCGUGGGAGAAGCUUUAGACGUGGAGCGAGACACAGUAUUUAUCUCCCAGCGUGAGGAGUUCUACGGCACUUUAACAUGGGAGCUCCCCGAAUUCGGCAGGAAGCUUCUCAUGGAGGCUGGAUAUUGCACUGGCGAAGUCAAGGCUCUCCGCAGGGACUUCCCGAGCGUGUCGUCCCUUUAUUAUCUCGCCACGUGGGAUCGCUCCACAUCCAAAGCCAACCACUCUCAAUGUGCAGAGACAUGUCUCGCACGUCAGGUCGACGAGAAGACGUAUGCGACGAAACACACAGGCGAAGGCUGUUCCUGCCUCCACCUUCCAAUCGACAUGACAGCCAUCUUCAAGAUCGUGGACCAAAGAGACGAUUUCACGGCGGAGUACACAGACGAUGUCGAUAUUUACUGUCGAAGCACAUCGAAACAUGUAGUCUACCAUUAUCAUGGUGAACUGCACCUUCCACAUCAUGUCUCGGCUCCUUCCUCAACCCGACAUUGGACACAACUAUAUGACCACCAUCCCUUUUUAACAAAGCACUCAGUAAAGCUCGGCAACCCAGAUGAAGGUGUACGGGAUCAAAUUCGACUUACUCACCCAGAGGCCGAUCGCGACUACAUCGACAGCCCAUAUCAGUCACUCUUCAUAGCCGUCAAAGCAGCCUUGGCACUUGCUAAUACAGAUGCCUUCACUCAAGUAUUCUCUAUAUGUGGAAUUCAUGAAGAACACUGCCAAGGCCCGUUUCCCCCAGUCGAGAAGGUCAUGGUGGAGAAUCGCUCGUCGGUCUACCAUUUUCAUGCGCGUGGGAAUCUUUCCCAGCGAUUAGUUAUUAUCCCGGAGAUACUCUUGGACGGAGUGUUUACAGAACCAGAUGAUGUUGAUACACAGAGACAGCAGAGCGCCUUGAAUGACCGGGCAACUACAGCCUGUCUGAAGGGUUUUCCUCUUGCUGUCACUCUCAUGUACCGCCAAAGCCUUUUGGGACGGUCACUGGGAACACACUCAUUACCCCGACUCAGAGAGCAACAGCUGAUCCUGAAGAUCGAUGCGCUUGUCAAGGCUGUUUGGACCCAUGAGUUGGUCUCUCGGUAGUUGAGUU